ACGUCUCUUAAUUGACAGUUUCCCUUGUGACAGGAGAUAAAAAUUUAUGUAUUGAGAUAAGAAGGAAGCUGGUCUGAGAACGGGGACGAGCAUAAAGAUGAGAGAAUCUGCUUGAGCUGUCAUCAGGUGGUUAAUGGACCAUCCAUGGAAGCUCCCAUUCUUUGCCUUGCUUUAAUUAACUCCAUGAAUUUUACCAGAUGAUCCUGAAGUCAAACCUCAUCUUCUGAAUAUAAACACCGAGCAACCCUACCGCCUUCUUCUCAUUAAUUUAUUCAUAUAACAAACUAGAGCAACCGAGGAGAGAGAGAGAGAGAGAGGUGAGCGAUGGCGUCCCGGAAAACCCUUCUGCCUUCUAUAGAUCCCUACCUUUCACCACCGCCGGCACCACCGCUACCACCUUCAGCCCCUCGCUUCUAUUUUACGCAGAGGUCGUCGCAAUCCAGCUACCACCAACUGAAGGCCAAUGCCGUCAUGAUACUGCUCUUGAUCUUGGCCGUCGUCUUCCUCGUUUCGCUGUCCCUCCACCUGCUUCUCCGGCUCCUUGAGCGUCGAAGAUCAAGAACCACCAUACCCACCACCAGCAGCAGCACUAGCAGCCCGCCGGAGGCGGUAACCAUCGAGACCCAAUUCCACCACCACCAUAGCAGGAGCAGCAGUAGCGGAGGAGGAAACGGAGGUGUCACCCUGGUGGACUCACUCCCCAUCUUCACCUUCGCCUCCAUCACCAGCCGCAGCAACCAGCGCCUGGAUUGUGCCGUCUGCCUCAGCCCCUUCCAGUCGGACGAUCGCCUGCGCCUACUCCCUUACUGCACUCACGCCUUCCACGCGGACUGCAUCGGAACGUGGCUGCUCACCAACACUACAUGCCCGCUCUGCCGCUCCGACCUCACCGCCGCUCCGGCCAUCCCCGCUGCCACCACCAACACAGGCGCCGCCGGUGCCGGGAACGAGCGGGAGGAUGUCGAGUCGGUGAAGUCAUCCGUCGGCGGCCGGAGUUUCCGUGUGGAGCUCGGGAGCAUCAGCGGGCGUUCGGGCGGUGGCGGAAGCCGGCGGUCUUAUUCGAUGGGGUCGUUCGAGUACGUAGUGCCGGAUAAUUCGCAGCCGGAGGUGUUCGUCGCCGACCGGGACAAAAACUCCGACAGGUUUCACGGGUUCUCUGGUUCUGGGGAGGCGGACUUCCGCGAAGUGGGCGGUGGGUACCGGACGGAACCGAAGAUGGUGGCGGAUGGAGUCGGCGGAACAAGCCGCAAUUGGCUAAGGGAGUACCUGGAAAGGCUGGUCUCUUCGGCGUCGUCCUCGUUUUCGCUGAGGACGACGUCAUUCCGUUCGAGCAGCGAGGGCCGGAGUCGGCCCAGCGACGUUUUCCCGGCGACCGGCGUCGAGCCGGACAGCCACAGCGACCGGUUCGCGGCGGCGGCGGAAAGCUUCCUGCUCUUCUUGAGGUCGGACAUGUGAACGGAAAAAUAACCAAACAAUGCCUGAGUUUCUUGGGAAGAGACACUAUUGUCCUUUGACUCCUCAUUGACCAAAAAUAGCUUCAGCGGCACGAUCGUAAUAUACGGACGACAGAACGCCCUUUUCCGGUAAUAAUCAUAGGAGAGGUCGGAUAAUUACUUCGCUCUUCAUUUUUUCUUUUCAUAUUUUUUGGAGCAAAAAUGAGCUGUUUUUAGCUUUUAUUCAUUUGUUGCAUGAGGUUGAUGAGAUACAUUGAAGUUGUUCAUCUACUUGUAAAUAUAUAUGAUGAUGAAAAUUUACCGCCA